AUGCAAAGGUUGGAUUCUCAAGUCUACGCUCGGACAACGUGGGUCAAGGACAAGUGGGCCAUCAUGUACGCCUGGUUUUUCCCUAAGGCGCGUGCUCCGUUCCCGGUCCUUCGUUUCCUCGGCCACCGCCACGGCUGGGAAUACGCCAUCGUGUGGCUAGACAAACCCAACGCUGAUAACUCAACCAUUCUCGGCGUGUCCGUAUCAGCUGCAGCUGGUUGGGCGAAAGAAGCCCCUCCGCCGGAGAAGUACCUGGAUGGCAACAGCUUGAAGGUGGCCUACUACUACAACCACAUCUACGGCAACACCGCGGUGAAGUACACCGACGAGACAGGCGAGUUUCAAGACCUCAUCACUUGGAACCAGCUCUCGGAUCUCGCCCGGAGUUAUCUAAACAAUACAGAUUGGGAUGAGACGCCGCUCAAUGCGGCACUACUUAAGAUGCCGAUGAAGGAUGGCGUGUUCAUGAAGAAACUCAAAAGUGCUUACCCAUUUUAG